AUGCUCGAUAUGCAACAGGCAUGUUUGUUUACAACACUUGACAGCCAUGCUAAACAAACAUCGGCGCUAAAAAACAUGAUAAAUAAUGCAGCACCUAAUAUUGAAAAAGUUCGCACAAGCGAGUCAAUUAUCAAAAACAACGCCAUUGUUCCUCAAGAGAAACCAAAUGCUGUGGUGACGCCUACAGAAAAAAUCGAACAACAUUUCACGCUGGUUAAAUCAAAAAAGAGACCGCGAAUAAAUAACAGUCCUGGGAUGGAUGGAAGAAACCAGGUUAACAACGACAACAAUGGGAAAACUGUUGGAAAUAAAAUCACAAAACCAACGAAAAAAAUUAUUGGUAACAAAAAGAACGACGAUAACUGCAAAAUCGAGGCGAACAAAAUGCUCAUUAAAAAAUCAUUUUUCUCAAUGAGCAACGUUCAGAAAUGCCACAGAAAUGACGUCAGUGAUUAUUUAAAAUCGAUUGAAGUGAACGUCAUCUCGUGCUACCCAGUCGUGAAACGCGCAGAUACUUCAACAACUGACAACACCAGCAAUGACGACACAGAGUCAACAAUGAUCAGGGUGUGCAUUGAAAGCUGUGAGGCUGCCAAAAUGAAAAACCCCGACCUCAUCCUGUAG